UGUGAUUCUAUAAUAUUCUAUAUUAUGACAUUAUGUCUAUGCACGGUCUAGUGACUAGUUGUAGUGAGUAGUGACUACAAGUUUAUAAAUUAUAUAAUAUUAUCUAUAUCCAAUAUUAAAGUUAGUUUAGUCACAGAAUAUUAUAGUUUAAUAUUAUGUUCACCAAUUCUGUGGUUAAGUCGUUAAGUGUUUACUAUCUUAAAUCUCGGCUACUGGUUAUAAUAUGAAAAAUAGUUGAAAGUACUUAUAUAGUAAAGUAAAGCAUCGGACAGUCCGUGUUCUGUGAUAUCAUAGUCAUAACCACUAACAUUUAAUAUUAUACAUUUCUACAGUAAUUUGAGUGAUAGUGUAAUACAGUAUUAGUAUUUACUUUUUACAUUUUACUAUACAUACUGUACACUAGUACACUACAAAACUAAUGAUUAAUGGUAUUUUUAUAUUGUAUUAAUUAAUUGUUCUCAUUCAGAGAUUUUUAAGACAUUUUUGAAUUUAUUGCCAUAUAAAAUAUUUUGAACUUUCAAUUUGUAUGUAAUAUUGAAUAGUUCAAAUUCAAUGUUUUAACUCAACUCCUGAAAUGUUAUAAGUAAUAAAAUUGAUUGCCAGUGCAUAAGUCAAAUAUGUCUUCAGCAACAAAACGUCAAAACAUUUUACAGUUGAUAAGGAAUCGAGAAUUAAACGAUCACAUCCGCACAAAGUAUGCAUUAAAAAGUAACUUGAAUUACAAAUGUAUUUCAAAACUUGGAUUACUCGCUCAAUUAGAAGGACACCAAGGAUGUGUUAAUUGCCUACAAUGGAAUGAAAGUGGAAGAAUCUUAGCAUCAGCAUCUGAUGACUAUCAAGUAAUAUUAUGGGAUCCAUUUUUACAAAAAGUUAAAACUUCUAUUAAAACUUUACACCGCGGCAACAUAUUUUCUGUUAAGUUUAUACCUAGUUGUAAUGAUGAUAUAGUUGCGACUGGAGCUGGUGAUUGGAGUUCACAUACAUAUAAUGUAACAACAGGUAAACAAUUAAGAAGUUGUGUUUGUUCUCAAGGACGAAUUAAACGUCUAGCUGUAGCAAACGAUGCACCUAGUGUUUAUUGGUGUGCUUCAGAAGAUGGAUGCAUUAGUCAACAUGAUAUGAGAAUGAGCCAUGAAUGUCCUACCGACAAAUCUAAAAAUACUUUGGUGACUGUAUUUAGUAUUUCGGGAAAAAGGAUUGAAGCUAAAUGCUUAGAUAUAAACCAACUUAAAACUGAGCAGCUUGCAGUUGGUGCUAAUGACCAAUAUGUGAGAUUGUAUGACCGCAGAAUGAUUCAAUCGCUGUCAUCAUUGGAUGUAAAAUGUCCUUCAUUUGUCUCGGAGUAUGAAGCCAAUAAUGCAAAUAAAGUUAACAAUGCACUCCAAUAUUUUGUACCGGGUCACAUCCAUUCUAAUGAUAAUGAAACAAUAAUUCCCAAAAGACAAAAAAAUUAUGUAAUUACUUAUUUGACUUUUAGUCCUGAUGGACAAGAGUUGUUAGCUAAUUAUGGUGGUGAAUAUGUAUAUUUAUAUAACUUAGUGAAUCGAGCUGAUAAUGCAUUUUUCAACAUCUCUAAAGUUAUGAAAGUUCCUCGAGAAAAUGGGGAGGGUUCUUCUACAGAUUUAAUAGAUGAUCAAGUUCCUGUUCCUCAUUUGACACUACCAGAUAAAGUAGUACAAUUAAAAUUAAAGGCAAAUUAUUUAUUUGAAAAAGAAGACUAUACUGCUGCUAUUUUCCUAUAUAAUGAAGCUAUAAAUAUUCAUAAAUGCAGUGUACUGUUUUCAAAUAGAGCUGCAGCCUAUAUUAAAAGAAAGUGGCAUGGAGACUUUUAUGCAGCUCUCAAAGAUUGUGUGACUGCAUUAAAAUUGGAGCCUAGCCAUAUGAAAGCACAUUUUCGUUUGGCAGUAUGCCUGUUCGAACUGGACAAGUUUAAAGAUUCUAAAAUGUAUUUAGAUCAGUUCACAAUGAAAUACCCAUCAUAUAAAACUAGUGCCGCAUACAAAAGUCUUAAUAGUGAUUUAUUAAAUGCACAAUCUAAUAAUAAAGAUAAAUCUGAUGGUAAAAAAUCGCGUGAAACAUCAGAUACGUCAAAUUUUCUAGAUGCGUUACAAAUUCAACGAGCCCCGAAAAUAGCUUUUGAGAAAUACUUUUGUAAUCAGGCAAAAGAUUACCAUCGUAGAUAUUAUGGUCAUUGUAAUACAUCUACUGACAUUAAAGAAGCUAACUUUUUUGGAAGUCAAAAUCAAUUCAUAGUUGCUGGUUCAGAUGAUGGUCUAUUUUUUAUUUGGGAAAAAAAUACAGAGAAUAAUUUGCUCAUACUGAAAGGGGAUUCUUCAAUCGUAAAUUGUAUACAACCACAUCCUUCAGAGUUUUUGUUGGCAACUAGUGGUAUUGAUAAUGAAGUCAAAUUAUGGAGUCCAUUGCCAGAUGAUGUGGAUAAUACAUCUAUAAUAAAUAAUUAUAGCACAACAGCUAUGUUAAACCAAAGACGUAUGAUGGCUGAUCCAUUUGAAGUAAUAUUGCGUAAUAUGAGGAGAACUGCAGAAGGACCUGACAGUGUUGACUUUGACGCUAUACGUGAUCAAUAUGGAAUUGAUCCAUUAUCUGAAGAGUUUAAUGAUUGUCGAAUGAGUUGA